ACGUCUCGCGCUGGAUCAGCUAGAUUCAGCAUUUUAGUUGUGUCCAUGGAGUUGAGCUCGUCGGGAAGAUUUCCCUACGAAUGUUCUCACACUGUCUAUUAAAUAAAAUCUAAAUAAAUCGGUCGAGUACAAAAGAGUUUGUUCUUUGCUAAUUUAAUAUUCUGACCAUGAUGGAGAGUAUUUGAUGAGAGCGUAGUGAAAGUGAAACUUGCAGCAGGUAGAACUGGGAAUAAGGCAUUUUAUAUAGAUUAUUUUAGAUGAAAAGACAAUGCACAUCCGGGACUUUAUUGGAAAGCUGAGAGACUGGUGAAAUAUAAAAGUGACGCUGUGUGUUUCCUCUUGUGAAAUUUGAAUUUGAGCUAUUAUUCAGCAGAGCUCAUGAGAGUGAAGAUCCAUACAUGUACAUGAUUUUCUCAAUUGUUGAGAAGAAUCUCUUUUGACUAUGAAGUGGUAAUGCAUCAUCGCGAGACAACAAUCUUUAAGACGGUCGCUCGACGGUGAACUUUGCAAUAUAUAGUGUAUGUACGUUUGCCUAUACACUCGACUUUCGUGAACUAUUGGAGUAAAUUCUUCGCGCUCUCGCGGGAGACCUCAUGAUUUUCUACAAUCAUCCGUGGCAGAUGCAGAGGCAAAUGCCAAGGAAAUAGUGCUUCUCAUCCAAAAUCAAGCUUCUCCUCCUUCGGAAUAGCUCACAUCAUCAACACAAAUUGCUAUGACUAAGGAUAUGGCAUUGACUCUUUAAGAGUCCGUCACCAUUGUUCUUUCUUUUUUGGUGGAAGAAGAGCUGAUUAGAAGGAGAGGAAACUUCUGACGAGUUAAUAAAUUUAGAUACAGAUCAUAAGAGAAGAAGAGGAAAAAAUGUCUUCAGAACGAUCAAUACCACAUCUUCGAGAUAUUUUUGGUUUAUCCAGUUACUCUUCGCUCAGCGGAGGAUCUCAAAAGACUUCAGAUUCGUACCACCAUGCGAAUCUCACGGGAACCAGUGAUACCCACUCAAGUGGAAAACAGUCAAAGAAGCGCCGCGACAAGAGUGGCCCAAAUGGGACGGGAGAUGUGAAGACAUUGGAGAGACAUUUGAGUAUGAAGAAGACAAUUAGGAAGAAAAUCAUGCGAGACCUGCAGCAGGCCUUUGUGGAUGAUCCCAAUGAGUUCAAAGUGGAAAAUCCCACACCUGACCAACUGAAAGCUGAAUUGAAUGCAGAAGCAUUGAGAUUUGGGGACAAUCGACGCACGAGGAAAUCCGACAAUUUUCUCGAUAUGCUCCGGGGGGAAAAUCAGAAAAACUACGACUACCAAGAUGGGGAGCAUCGCAAUCAGAAACGUGGUGGUAGCAAUGACUUUGGUGGCACCGACAAACCCAGCUUCUGGAGUCGCCUUGGAAUGAGAAAAGGCAACAAGAGAUAGACCCAUUACGAUGGCAUUCUCUCAAUUGAAUGCGUUCAAAAGGAAUUUAUCAAAUAAGGCUCAUGAUAAAAUUAAAGCAAAAAAAAAAUACUUACAUGUGUAUACACUAUGCAACAAAAUUUAUAAGAGUCAUAAAACAUUUAAAACAAUGUUUAGAGUGUCGAAAGAGAGCAACAAAUCUGCAAUUUGGAUUGAAACUAAUUUUUUUUUUGUAACUUUCAUUCAAUUUUUUGUGAAGAAAGAAUAAAAGAUUAAACAUUGAGUUAUGUAGAAAUUUUGUUGCGUGGUGCAAUUUAGUAUUCCUAUAUUUUACCAAUUAAUACUACAUGUACGACGUCUUGAUUUUAAUUUAGAACUUAAUAAAUUUUAUUAUAAAUUA